AUGCACACUGCUCGCUCCGGUCUCUUAUCGGCGUCUCUGCGAUAUGUCAGAAAUUUCGAAAAUCUACUCUACCAAAAUAUAAGGUUUAACUCAUCAGCUGUUAACAAGUCCCAGCUAUCAAAGUUGCGCCGUUCGACAGGGUAUACUUUUUCGGCUUGCAAAGAGGCUUUGCUGAAGCACAACAAUGAGUAUGAUAAAGCUCUCCAGUGGUUAAAUGAUGAAGCUGUGCGAAGGGGUUGGGAAAAAGCGGGUAAACUCUCCACCAGACCUCUUUCCCAGGGACUUCUUGGUGUUUUGCAAACGCGGACACAUGCAGUUGUCCUCGAAGUGAAUUGUGAAACAGAUUUUGUUGCGCGAAAUGAACAAUUUCAGAAUUUUGUGGCCAAUGCAACCGAGGCUGUAAUGGAACGUUUCACCGUAAACCCUUCGAUCAGUCACCUUGAUGCCGAGAACAUCAAUAAUUUAAUAUUGGAAAAAUCAACGAAGCUAAGUGAUGCGGUGGCAAUCGUUGUUGGUGCGGUUGGAGAGAACAUUGCUGUCCGCCGUGCAAUUGGACUGCAUAAUCCGGGAGAUCCUAGCCGUCUCGCUAGUUAUGCUCACAUCAGUACUGAUGGUGUCAAAUCGGGAAUUCGUGACGUCAAAUUUGGUAAAUACGCUGCCAUAAUCCGUUAUCGUCCGGUUGGAGAUCAGGUGGCCUCUGCUGCCUGGCAUGAACGCGCCAGUCGAUUAGGCAAACAAUUGUGCCAGCACAUUGUUGGCAUGAAUCCUCGUCCGGGGCUGGACCUCACAUCACCUGCAGACGAUCCGGAUGAGGAAAAAUGUCUCCUACUGCAACCAUUUUUCCUUGAUGAUACGGUCCGCGUUGGAGAACAUCUCAAUCGGAAUGAGAUAGUUUUGGAAGAAUUUAUCCGUGCAGAAUGCGGCCAGGACGAUUCAGACGAAAGCUAA